CGCCACCUUUACCAUGCGCGGUCACAGGAAGGCAUCUUCCGCCCUCACCGGAAGUCGGAGGGAAGCACAACUUUAUUGACAAAGCCCGCAUUUGAAAGGGCUGUGAAGUCGAGGCGCUGGGAGAUGUCCGUGAAUUACGCGGCGGGGCUUUCGCCUUACGGGGACAAGGGGAAAUGCGGCCUGCCAGAGAUUUUUGACCUUCCUGAUGAUCUGGAGAGAAAAAUCCAUGAGUUGGCCAGCUUGAUACAGAAUUCUUCCUAUGUGGUGUUUCACACGGGUGCUGGUAUCAGUACAGCUUCAGGAAUUCCAGACUUCAGAGGCCCCAACGGCGUAUGGACCAUGGAGGAGAGAGGCUUGGCCCCCAAAUUUGACACCACCUUUGAGAAUGCGCGGCCUUCCAAGACCCACAUGGCUCUCCUGGAGUUACAGAGGAAGGGAAUUCUGCGAUUCCUAGUCAGCCAAAAUGUGGACGGCCUCCACGUUCGCUCCGGGUUCCCAAGGGACAAGCUGGCAGAGUUACAUGGGAACAUGUUUGUGGAAGAAUGUAUGAAAUGUGGCAAGCAGUACGUACGAGACACCGUGGUAGAGACUAUGGGUCUCAAGCCGACGGGUCGGCUAUGUGACGUUUCCAAAUGCAGAGGGCUUCGGUCCUGCAGAGGAAAACUAAUGGACACCAUUUUGGACUGGGAGGAUUCCCUACCUGAUCGGGAUCUCAAUCUGGCCAGCGAGGCUUGCAGGAAAGCUGACUUGUCAGUCACAUUGGGGACAUCCCUGCAGAUCAAACCCAGCGGCGACCUCCCUCUGCUGACAAAGAAGAAAGGGGGCAAGCUGGUGAUUGUCAACCUGCAGCCAACCAAGCAUGACAAGCAAGCGGACCUACGGAUUCAUGGUUAUGUGGACGAGGUCAUGACAAAGCUGAUGAAGGACCUGGGACUGGAAAUCCCGGAGUGGACAGGGCCACACGUGGUGGAGGAGAGCACUGAGAUCCUGGAGUCCAAACCGCUGGCAAAACCGAGCACAGACUUUAAGUUCCUGAGUAAAGAGGAACCCCUUUCAUAUUGUAAUGGCACAGAGGAGGGCUCCGAGCCUACGCAACAGGAACAUGGCACUUCUCUGAAGCAUGAAUCCUGCCCACUGGACAGCAAUCCUCUUGCAGCCAAACGCACAAAAAUGGAACCACUGCCCACUUGAUCAAGUGUUUGUGUGUUUUUGGUAUUGUCUGUAUAUGUCUUAGAAGCUUUUUGGCAUUCAACUUGUUUUUUAAAAAAUAUUUUCCUUUCCCAUCUCUUUUUUUUUUCGUUUGGAAGUUUCCAUUCCUUAAAUUUUGCAUUGUGCCCCUCUCUGAAGGGCAGAGAAAUCCUGGCUCAGCCAAGCGACACUUAACUCGUAAUUAUCUUUGCAGAGUGAAUGUCAAAGAUAACCAUAAGGGUUCAUUCAGCAGUGACUGCUCAGCCAUUUCCCUGUUCUGUUGUUUUUUUAAACAAGACAUAUAAACUUCCAAAUUAAAGCCUGGAGAUCUUAAA